UCAAAUAAUCAUUGCUUAUCACGGUGUUGGUUUUGGAGUAAAGAUUGACUUAGGGGCAGGGUACUAAAGGUGUUUAAAAAUGGGCAGCACUGAAAAGUAUACCGAGAGUUAUAGAAGGGUGGAAUGUGAAGAGGAAGACCUUGGUCUGCGAACAGUAGGGGACUGCAUGAAGUAUUUUGCUGAGGUACAAGGUAACAAGCCUGCGGUCAUCUUUGGCGCCACAGUAGAAACGGACAGGGAAACGGUUACGUGGUUGGAGCUGUAUGAAAACUCUUGCGUCUUCGCGAAGGCGCUGAUCAAUCUAGGCAUAAAACGCGAUGAAAUUGUUGGCAUAAACAUUCGUCCAUGUCCGGAAUGGUUGUACGUAACCUUUGGUUGCAUGUUGGCUGGAAUAAAAGCGGUUGGACUAGCAUUCACGUACACAGACGGAAGUGACCUCAUCGCCAUGAUGAACAAACUGAAGACAUGUAGCAUGCUAGUCCUUGACCCAGGAGCGAGCGGGGAAAAUUGGAAAAUUGUCCGGAGACUGCUAGACGCGUACUCCAAAACCGGAAGAGCUACAUCCAGCAAAAUGUCGUCAGUGCGGUUCCUCCUGGGACACAGGUUUCCUACCUAUGAAAGUAAAGUACGAUCGUUACAAGAGGUUAUGACAAACGCCCCAACCGACAUUGAAAUCCCUAAAUACGUAAGUCCCGACGAUAUUUCUUUCUUGUUCCAAACGUCGGGUAGCACAGGGUUUCCAAAGCUUGUUGCCCACACUCACGCUUCAAUGCUCGGCAUCGGACGCAUGAAGGGAAGUAACUGGCUGAGGAGAGAUGCUGUUCUCUUCAACGAUCGGCCAUUUAAUUGGAUAGGCGGUUUUCCAAUCUCUGUAUUCUGCGGAAAUACGAGAGUGGCCAUUUCCGGGUUUACGGAGCUAGGGACCGACCGACUAUCGGCUGUUUUCGAAAUCAUCACGAGAGAACGAUGUACAGUUGCGCUUGGUCUUCCCCCUAUGAUUCACGCACUCAUCAAACAGGCGGAAGACUUGCCAAAGAACUGGCCGAUUAAAACCUUGUUAACCGGAGGCCAACCAGUGACCAAAGCCCUGACAAAAGCCAUAGGCAAGCCUUGUGAGACCCUGGAAGCUGUUUAUGGAUGCACCGAAUUCUUUCUAAGCAAUUCAUAUCAUCUGACAGACCCGGAUGCUUUUCCAGAGUUCUGCUGUGGUCCGCCAUUGUUGUCUAAUGGUCUACAGGUCAAGGUCGUGAAUAAAGAAGAGGAAACAGUUCCUAUCAACACCAGAGGGGAACUCUGGUUUAAAGGCCCCGUGUUUAUGAAAGAAUACUUUCAUGAUCCCGAGAAAACGGCAAAGGCGAUAACUCCAGAUGGGUGGUUCAAAACAGACGACUUUGCAAUGAUGGAUGAGGAUGGUCUGUUUUAUGUCUUCGGGAGAAUAUCAAACAUGAUCAUUUCUGGAGGAAUGAAUGUGGUGCCGGAAAUUCUAGAAACCGCUAUCAAAGGAUGUCCUGGAAUUGACCAUGUAGUCGUUGUGCCUGUUUCGGACCCGGUUUAUUACCAAUCCAUUUGCGCAUGCGUGAUUCUCAAACGGGAGACGAACACUACCGAAGACGAUAUCCGCCAAUUUUGCGACAUCCACCAUAACGAUAGGCCUGGUUUGUUCACUGUACUGCCAAAAUUCUAUAUGUUUCUCGAUGCAUUUCCUGAGACUCGCACAGGAAAAACUUCGCGCAAAGAUUUGCAGGCAGUUGCUGAAGAGAAGUUUGGAAAUUAUGCAUGA